CCCCCGGGCCAUCCCAUCCUGCUCUACUCAACCCAGUGAACCCACCCAGCCCGCGCCGCCGCACAUCGCCCCGGAGCUUUGAAUCGCCGCCGGCUGCUGAACCCUUCAAUCUAUCCGGUCGUCGGUUUUCUUUGAAUCGCCGGAGGCCCGGAGCUUCCAUCAAGGCAGAGGACUGACGGGGAAGUGAGAGCCAUCUACGGUGAAGCACGGCACCUACGGUGAAGCACGGUUCCACCGGCGGCUGCAGAUCGAGGCGAGGCAGAGGACCGACGGUGAAGACCAGUUCGCCGAUCUCACCAACGAAGAGCACCGGUCAGUGUACCUGGCGGCGAAGACCGGUUCUCGGUGGAGUGUUUUGGCGUCCAAUAGGAGCAGCCGCUACGCUCCCGUCGACGGGGAGAGCCUGCCGGACUUCGAUUAUUGGAGAGAGAGAGGUGCCUCACUCCUUUCAAAGACCAGGGCAGCUGUGGUAUCAGUAAUUUGAACAAGCACCUGGUGUGCAACAACUGGAUAAAACUCGAAAGCGAUGAAGGCCAACAAGGCAAUGGUCUUAACACUUGCCGAGAAGUGCAAGACCAUCUUAGCGUCAAAUUGGCAAGGCAACCUGAAUACAAUCAAAGCCGACGCCAAAGUAAGCAAGGAGGAAAUCUAUACUUCAAAGGUUAAGUACUUUGUCAAGAAAGGGAGGCCGUACAUCUGGGUACCUGAAAAGACUUUGCACAAUGUGAACACAAUCAUCGAUGAGCGAGGUUCUUUUGCUGUUACCAGUCCCUUCCCAGGUCCACUUGCAAACUUACUUAGAUCAAUAAAAAAGCUACCAGCUCGGGUUGCUUUGACUGGAGAUGUUGUGCCUCUUAAAAAUGAAAAGGUUAAGUUAGCAGCAGAAAGCCUGAAGGAAAUUAUAUCUUCAGAAAGAAAAGCAAUGAAAGAGUCCAGCUAUUCAGUUUGUGGCAUAUUAAAUUCUUCAAAUCCUGGUUAUACAUCUCGAAGUGAAAACCUAAAGGAGCUACUAGAUGACAAUGAGAAGUACAUGGUCUACAAGUUUAAUCUAAGUUCAUGCAUGUACAUAGAUAGCGAUGGAGGCACACAUGAAGUAGAAAUAGAAGAUAUUGAAGCUUCUAAGGUGGAUCCAUUGUCCCCUUUUUCUUCAAGCUUGAUAGAUGGGAUUAAUCAAAGUGAUGUGAGGCGUAGAGCCCUUAUUCUUUUCUGCAUUACAUACUUCAAUAGAAAUGCAAAGGAUGCGUUCUUGCUGUCAGUAGAUCGGAAAGGAUUUGACGUGUUGGGGAAGGUUCUAGGCCCCAUGAUGAAUGACGGCUCCCGUGUGUACCAGUGGAAGGAGUUCAGGUUCACUUUCAAAGACGAGGCACGCGAUUUGGAGAUGUUCUGUCAACAACUUGUCAAGAUGGAAGAGGAAGCCCUGAAGAAUGUUUCAAGUUUCAGUGGAUUAGGAUAAUAAGAGUAGAGGAGAACAGAAAAUCCUACGGCAGUGAUGUUUAUUUAGAAUGAAACAUAACAGUUCAACUAGGGUUCAGGGGUCACUUAUUUUCAAGAGAAGCUGACUACUUUUCUUUGUAAGUUGUUUCGUUCUUCAAUCAAUCUGGCAACACUAAUGGCAUUCGCCAGUGUUCAAGGCUGUUUAA